CGGCGGCGCGGCAACAUGGCGACGGUGCCCGUGUACUGCGUCUGCCGGCUGCCCUACGACGUUACCCGCUUCAUGAUCGAGUGCGACGCCUGCAAGGACUGGUUCCACGGCAGCUGUGUUGGGGUGGAAGAGGAGGAGGCACCAGAUAUCGACAUUUAUCAUUGUCCGAACUGCGAGAAAACCCAUGGCAAGUCCACGCUCAAGAAAAAGCGGACCUGGCACAAACAUGGCCCUGGGCAGAUGCCAGACAUGAAGCCAGUGCAGAACGGCAGCCAGCUCUUUAUCAAGGAGCUGCGGAGUCGAACGUUCCCCAGUGCUGAAGAUGUGGUGUCCCGUGUACCAGGCAGCCAGCUCACUGUGAGCUACAUGGAGGAGCAUGGCUUCACCGAGCCCAUCCUUGUCCCCAAGAAAGAUGGACUGGGCCUAUCUGUUCCUGCACCGACAUUCUAUGUGAGUGACGUGGAGAACUAUGUGGGGCCAGAGAGAAGCGUGGAUGUGACAGACGUCACAAAGCAGAAAGACUGCAAAAUGAAGUUGAAAGAAUUUGUGGACUAUUACUAUAGCACCAACCGCAAGCGUGUCCUCAAUGUGACCAACCUCGAAUUCUCAGACACCAGAAUGUCCAGCUUUGUGGAGCCACCUGACAUUGUGAAGAAACUAUCGUGGGUGGAAAACUACUGGCCUGAUGACGCCUUGCUGGCCAAGCCCAAGGUGACCAAGUAUUGCCUGAUCUGUGUGAAGGACAGCUACACCGACUUCCACAUAGACUCUGGGGGUGCCUCGGCCUGGUACCAUGUCCUCAAGGGGGAGAAGAUCUUCUAUCUCAUCCGGCCAGCCUCAGCCAACAUCUCCCUGUAUGAGCGUUGGCGGUCAGCCUCCAACCACAGCGAGAUGUUCUUUGCCGACCAGGUAGACAAGUGCUAUAAGUGCACUGUCAAGCAGGGACAGACCCUCUUCAUCCCCUCAGGCUGGAUAUAUGCCACACUUACGCCCGUGGACUGCCUAGCCUUCGCUGGACAUUUCCUCCACAGCCUCAGUGUGGAGAUGCAGAUGAGGGCGUAUGAGGUGGAAAGAAGGUUAAAACUAGGCAGCCUGACUCAGUUUCCCAACUUUGAAACUGCCUGCUGGUACAUGGGAAAGCACCUAUUGGAAGCAUUCAAAGGUUCUCACAAGUCUGGGAAACAGCUGCCCCCACAUUUAGUCCAAGGAGCUAAAAUUCUCAAUGGUGCUUUUAGGUCAUGGACGAAGAAGCAGGCUUUGGCAGAGCACGAGGACGAGCUCCCCGAGCACUUCCGGCCCUCACAGCUCAUCAAGGACCUGGCCAAAGAGAUCAGGCUCAGCGAGAACGCCUCCAAAACUGUCCGACCUGAAGUAAAUGCUGUCACCUCCUCAGAUGAGGUCUGUGAUGGGGACCGGGAGAAGGAGGAACCGCCAUCUCCUAUUGAGGCUACCCCACCUCGAUCCCUCCUGGAGAAAGUGUCCAAAAAAAAGACACCCAAGACUGUGAAGAUGCCCAAGCCAUCCAAAAUCCCCAAGCCCUCUAAGCCCCCCAAGCCCCCCAAAACCCUGAAGCUCAAGGAUGGAAGCAAGAAGAAAGGGAAGAAGUGCAAGGAGUCAGCCUCACCUACCAUCCCCAACCUGGACCUGCUUGAGGCCCACACAAAGGAAGCGCUGACCAAGAUGGAGCCACCCAAGAAAGGAAAGACCCCAAAGAGUGUCCUGAGUGUUCCCAAUAAGGACACAAUCCACACGCAGAAUGACGUGGAAAGACUGGAAAUCCGAGAGCAAACGAAGAGCAAAUCAGAGGCCAAGUGGAAGUACAAGAACAGCAAACCUGACUCUUUACUGAAAAUGGAGGAGGAGCAGAGGUUGGAGAAGUCACCCCUGACUGGGAACAAGGACAAGUUCUCCUUUUCUUUCUCCAACAGAAAACUUCUGGGCUCCAAGGCCCUCAGGCCUCCGAGCAGCCCUGGUGUGUUCGGGACCUUGCAGAGCUUCAAAGAGGACAAGGCCAAGCCCGUGCGUGAUGAGUAUGAGUAUGUUUCAGAUGAUGGGGAGCUGAAGAUAGACGAGUUUCCCAUCAGGAGGAAGAAGAACGCCCCCAAAAGGGACUUGUCCUUCCUGUUGGACAAGAAGGAGGCGCUCCUCAUGCCCACCACGAAACCGAAGCUGGACUCUGCAGUAUACAAGAGUGACGACUCCUCUGAUGAGGGCUCUCUACAUAUUGACACGGACACCAAGCCAGGCCGCAAUGCCAAAGUCAAGAAGGAGAGUGGGAGCUCAGCCGCAGGCAUCCUGGACCUGCUGCAGGCCAGCGAGGAGGUCGGGGCACUCGAGUACAACCCCAACAGCCAGCCCCCUGCCUCCCCCAGCACACAGGAAGCCAUUCAGGGAAUGCUGUCCAUGGCCAACCUGCAGGCCUCUGACUCCUGCCUGCAGACCACAUGGGGCACUGGCCAGGCCAAGGGUGGUUCACUGGCAGCCCAUGGUGCCCGGAAGAAUGGUGGUGGCAGCAAAGGCACAGGCAAGCGCCUGCUGAAGAGGACUGCCAAGAACAGUGUGGAUCUGGAGGACUACGAGGAGCAGGACCACCUGGAUGCCUGCUUCAAGGACUCAGACUAUGUUUACCCGUCACUGGAGUCUGAUGAAGAUAAUCCUGUCUUCAAGUCCCGGUCAAAGAAGAGGAAAGGUUCAGACGAUGCCCCCUACAGCCCCACAGCCAGGGUCGGCCCAUCGGUGCCAAGACAGGACAGGCCUGUGCGUGAAGGGACCAGAGUGGCCUCCAUCGAGACUGGACUAGCAGCUGCUGCAGCCAAGCUGUCCCAGCAGGAGGAGCAGAAAAACAGGAAGAAGAAGAACAGCAAAAGGAAGCUGACUCCUAACACUGCCUCCCCCUCCAUCUCCACCUCCGCCUCCGCCUCCACGGGUACCACCUCGGCCUCCACCACCCCAGCCUCCACCACCCCGGCCUCCACCACCCCAGCCUCCACCACCCCGGCCUCCACCAGCACAGCCAGCAGCCAGGCCUCACAGGAGGGCAGCUCACCUGAGCCCCUACCUGAAUCACACAGCAGUAGCCUGGCUGAUCACGAAUAUACAGCAGCCGGCACGUUCGCAGGGGCCCAGGCUGGCCGUGCCUCCCAGCCCAUGGCCCCUGGAGUCUUUCUCACACAGAGGCGGCCUUCUGCAUCAUCCCCCAACAACACUGCUGCCAAAGGAAAACGUACAAAAAAGGGCAUGGCCACUGCCAAGCAAAGGCUUGGAAAGAUCUUGAAGAUCCAUCGGAAUGGGAAACUACUCCUCUAAGGCUUGGAAAGCCAGGAUCCUUCUGCUCUGCUCAGGACCCCCGGAGCCCCGCUACAUCAGCCCCUCCCAGGAGGGUGGCUGUGCUGCCUGGCCCAGGGAGGGCCUUGCCUCCUCCCAGCCACCUCUCCCCAACACGAGCAUCUGUCCCUUGAGCAGGUGGAGCGAGCGGAGCAUGGCCGUCCCUUGUUGUGAACACGGACAUCCUUUCUCAAGUUGCUUAGAGUGACCAGUUCCUGAAGGUGGCCCUGCCAACUUAAGGACCAUUCGGUUUCAGCACAGCCUCCAGGCACCCCACCAGAGACUGGUGACCUCUAUGGGACAGCCUCCAGGCACCCCACCAGAGACUGGUGACCUCUGUGGUUCUGCUUGGGAGCAUGAGGCCUUCAAGGAAGGUGCAGUGAGCCACGCUCACCAGCCCGAGUCCGAGCUGGCCCCAGGCUGGCAGCCUCCAAAGGCAUAAAACAAGGCAAAGGACACAGAAAGAGAGGAGCUGUGGGGUAGCGAAUGUCCCCUCCCUCCUCUUCCUGAGUGAGUCUUACAGCACUUGGCCAGUGAGGAGAGGUCGCCCCAGCUCCCUGGCUGGCAGGUAGCAGGCUAGAUAGCGGGUGUCACACCCCAGAUGCCUGCAGAUGUUUGGGGUUGUCAGGACCCACAGUUAGGUUGGUGUGUUAGUGGGUGGAGGAGCCACUGGGGUCACAGGGGAAGGGUGACAGCUCAGCCACGUCUUUGGGUCCAGGGGACCCAGGCUAAGCCACGUGGAGGGGCCCCACUCUGGAACAGCACUUCCAGGCCGAGGCACCCUGCCCCUAAGUGGGCAGACAGGUGGGCAGGGCCACAGGGCUGGAGCCAGCAUGGCAGCGCUUGUCUGAACCCCUGGGUGGCAUCAUGAGCAUGGGCCAUCCCAGGUGGCGUGUCCACCCAUCGACACAGAGGGGCUGGGUUUGUUUCUCAGGCAAUCCUGUAUUUUCAUUUUAGAUGUAUUUCCGGAAGCAUAUUUUUCAUAGAAUGUAGCGUGUAAAUAGCUUUUUAAAUGACUUCUUUUUUAUAAGAGCAAAAGUAUCUCUAGGAAUUUCUUUCUAUAGAGUCCUUCAUUAACCUUUAUACGAGUUUUUGCUCCCCCACCCCGGCUUUGAUGGACGGCCGGGUUCUGACUCCACCCCCUUUUCUUUCUUUCCUUUUCCUUUUGUUACUCUUCUUAUUUUCCUCUUAGGAACUAAGGUAUUGCCUGAAAAACAACGGCGCCUGCGCAGCCUUACACUCUGUCUCUCAGAGCGAAUAGUACAGACCCCUUCCCACACGCCCUGCAGCCGCGUCUCCAGUCUUACACCAGCUCUCCGCUCUCCUUCGUGUAUGAUGGGGGUCGGGGAUGCAGUUCUUUUACUAGCACCUUGUGAAGUAUUUGUGUUUCGUGAUGCUGUAAUUUAUUAAUGUUUGUAGCUUUUUAUAUUUGUACAUUUCUUAUGAGGUUUGUUUCUACACCCGUUACCUGGAUGUGUUGUCCAUGAGGAGAUGCAGCUUGGCGGAGGCCUUAUCCACUCCCACUUGACCUGUUUGGAGGGACGCCACCCCAGGGCCUGGGGCUGGGAGAGGGGCAUCUCGCGGGCCCCAGGCUUACUCAGAACUGGUGUUUUUAAAGUUUCCUUGACCCCGUCCUUGUAAACAUUUCUAUAAUCUUAACCCGGGCAUCAAGCUGUUCUCUCUCCUUCUCUUUUUAAUUUUAUUAUUAUUUUGGCGACAUGUACAUUUCUAACAAAGUUUAUCGUGGCUAUUAAAGUGUUCUGUUUCCAGUCAUAUCACUCUUGUAUCGAGUCCAUGCGGUCUAAGGCAACUUAGACCAAAGUUUUAAAAAAGUAAAAAUAUUUCAGGUUUUGUACAGAA